GGCAAUGAGGGCUACAAGCGCUAUAAAAGCAUUGGCAAGAGACACGCGAGGAACGCAGAGUGUGUGGUUACCCCUAUAUCACUUCUGAAGAGACUGCUUGCAGGAGCGUAAAAGCGCACCGGUGAGUAGGACAAGCUUGGGACUCUCCUUUCCUUGGGUUGUGGAAUGUGACAGUUGCCUUGGGAGACAAUGGCACAUCGGAAUGUUUGCACCAUGCUGGUGAGGAAUCUGCUCCUCUGUUCCCUCAUAGCCCUGGGUGUCCAUUGCCUAGGGAAAAAAAUAAUUCCUGACGAAGAGAAGAACCCAGCGUACUGGAACACAUGGGCACAGCGCUCACUGAAGCAAGCCCUGCAGCUCCAGGAGCUCAACACGAAGGUGGCCAAGAACAUCAUCCUCUUCCUCGGGGAUGGAAUGGGAAUUUCUACUGUGACAGCAGCACGGAUCCUCAAAGGCCAGCUGAAUGGCCAGAGCGGGGAAGAGUACCGGAUGGAAAUGGACAAAUUCCCCUACGUGGCGCUGUCCAAGACCUACAACACCGACGCCCAGGUACCAGACAGUGCGGGCACUGCCACAGCCUACCUCUGCGGUGUCAAGGCCAACGAGGGCACGCUGGGGGUCAGCGCAGCUGCCGUGAGGUCACAGUGCAACACCACUCAAGGAAACGAGGUCACCUCCAUCCUCAGAUGGGCCAAGGACGCAGGAAAGUCAGUGGGCAUUGUCACAACAACGCGCAUCAAUCAUGCUACGCCCAGCGCUGCCUAUGCCCACUGUGUGGACCGAGACUGGUUCUCUGACGGUGAGAUGCCCCAAGAGGCAGUGGAUGCCGGCUGCAAAGACAUUGCCAGACAGCUCUUUGAGAAUAUUCAAGAAAUCGAUGUGAUUUUUGGUGGAGGGAGGAAAUACAUGUUCCCCAAGGACACGCCUGAUGUAGAAUACCCCAGCGAGAAACAGCACUUUGGCACCCGGAAGGACGGCAGAAACCUUGUGGAGGAGUGGAAGGAGAGGAUGAAAGAGAAGAGGGCCCACUAUGUCUGGAACAAAAAAGAACUUCUUUCUCUCAACCCCAACAAGGUGGAUUAUGUUCUCGGUCUGUUUGAACCCUCUGAUCUGCCAUACAACCUGGAGAGAAACAAAGAGACGGAUCCGUCGCUCACGGAAAUGGUGGAUGUGGCUCUGAAAAUCCUCAAGAACAACCCGAACGGAUUCUUCCUGCUGGUGGAGGGUGGGCGGAUUGACCAUGGUCACCAUGACGGCAAAGCCAAGCAGGCGCUGCAUGAGACAGUGGAAAUGGACCGCGCCAUUGGCCGGGCAGGCCUACUAACCAGCGUCCAUGACACCUUGACUGUCGUCACGGCGGACCACUCUCAUGUCUUCAGCUUCGGAGGCUACACGCCACGGGGAAACAGCAUCUUUGGACUGGCUCCAAUGAUGAGUGAUCGUGACCAGAAACCCUUUACAUCCAUUCUGUACGGGAAUGGCCCAGGAUACUCGCUGAUCAACGGCCUAAGAGAGAACGUCUCCACAGUGGACUACCGUACGUCAUCUUUUUUUACAUUAGUCGUCAUUUAGCUGACACUCAUAUCAAAAGCAACUUACUGACUAACUAUCGGAACAGUCUCUGUGGAUCACCUUGAGGUUAAGUGCCCUGCUCAGAGGCACAAUGGUGGCGGCCCCUGGGAUCGAAUUCACCUUCAGGUGUUCCAUUUGGAAGGCCAGAUCCCUAACCACUCGACCACCACCACCCCAUCUUCCUCAUCACCCAUCCUCUGAUGUCUGCAGACUUUACACUUUUAGGGCCCUAUUUUACACCUGGUGCACCGUGGCGCCAAGCGUGACGCAAGUCUUGUUCCUAUCUUACACCCAACGCAGUGAGGAUUUCUUCGCCAAGUGCUCGAGUUCACAAGUUGUCAGAUGAACAUUGCACAACCACGGGCGUGUCAAUGAAAAAAAUAGGUGUGGUCAGGAGCAUAGUCUUUUGCAAAUUGCGAUUUUAAUGCCACUAAACAUUAUAACGCCACUGUCCAAGAAAAACCUGGUCUAAAGUGAAAGGCGCAUGUAACAAUAAAGUGAAAGGCGCAUGACAGCACCAAUGUCAUUGGCAAUCUGAUUUAUUAUUUAUUUUAUUAGCACUCAUCCAAUGCAUCAUUGGCGCUCAUGCGGCAAAAAAAGGCUGCAUGGUGUUCUGUCACCGGUAAGCUUAUGUACAGCUUCAAGAGGCAGAGGUUUGAGUUUGCGUCAGCAGAAACAUAGAAACAUAAAACACUGUGAAUUGGAAUGUCUUGGACUACUGAAUAUCCCUGUUUUUAAACAUGCUGGUCUAAAACCUUUAGAAAAUAGACUUUUUUCAGAUUGCAAAUCGUUCGUGACCCCUCCCAUACUUUUGACCCAAGAACAACUGCCCUAGAGUGUAACAGAUGCACUCACCAUGAGAUCCUGUAUCGGCCUAUGAACCUAUCCCACCCUAUGAUUCAUGAGAUCCUGUAUCGGCCUAUGAACCUAUCCCAUCCUAUGAUUUAUGAUGCCCUUGAUUUAGUA